AGAGAUAGCAAAGGGGCAACACCGUUGCACUUGGCAGCGCGUCAAAGACGCCCUCAAUGUGUUCAUAUAUUGUUGGAUAAUGGAGCCCUCGUCUGUGCUUCGACUGGUGGAUAUAGCUUUCCUGGUAGUACUCCUCUUCAUUUGGCUGCAAGAGGUGGUUCUCUUGAUUGCAUCAGAGAAUUGCUGGCUUGGGGCGCUGAUCGACUCCAAAGAGACGCCUCAGGGCGAAUACCAUAUAUGGUAGCUUCAAGGCAUCGCCAUGGUGCAUGUGCCGCCCUUCUGAACCCUUCGUCAGCAGAGCCUCUUGUUUGGCCAUCGCCUUUGAAAUUCAUCAGUGAACUCAAUCAGGAGGCAAAAGCUCUAUUAGAACAAGCCUUGAUGGAGGCCAACAGAGAAAGAGAAAAAACUAUCUUGAAGGGAACUGUUUACUCUCUCCCGUCUCCAUCAACAUCCGACUCUGAUGACAAUAUAUCUGAGGCAAGCGAUACAGGUCUCUGCUGCAUAUGCUUCGAUCAAGUUUGCACGAUUGAGGUUCAAGAAUGUGGCCACCAAAUGUGUGCACAAUGCACGCUUGCCUUGUGCUGCCACAAUAAGCCCAAACCAACAACUUCUAGCUCUACCCUCAAACGCCUGCAACUCUGA